AUGACACCCGUUCUCACAUCAACAUCAGCCAGCACCAAAAGUACCGUUGCCACCACAGAGAUCACUUCCACACCCGCAACAACCACAACCACAAUGCUGACCACCACUGCAGACACCUCUUCCUCUACGUCCACUGCCACAGUCAUAACAUCACAAACUGUGUUAUCACCAAGCUCCACGUCAGCAACCACAGAAGCCAGCACCACGAAUGUGGUGACAUCUAUUGCAACCUCCAGACCGACUUCUACAAUCACUCCUAGCACUAUGAAUGCCACACCAUAUGCCACUACAACACAUACGUCCACACACCAAGGGACUUCAACACCCACUCCUACACGCACCGUUCCUUCCUCUACAAGAACCACUGCCACAACCAGCCGCAGCUCAACAGCAUCCACGCCUGCUAUCACAUCCUCUUCACUCAAAACAGUCAGCACAGAAAACACAUCGACCAUGUUGACUCCCUCGCUCACUACAACGGCACUCACCUCUGAAAAACCGACUACACCUACAACUACCACCACAAACUCUCCUCCUACAAGUACCACUCAGGUAGCUAAUUCCACCAUAACCACACCUCCAACGACUACAACUCCAACACCAACGACCACUUCUUCCACCACACCCACGACCUCCACACCACCAGCUUCCAAAACAGACACAAUCGUGACCACUAAAAUGACCACAGCCACAGAAAGGACCACCACACCCACUCUGACAAGCAUGUCCAGUGUCACUUCCAUGUACACCGCCUCCAGAGAAAGCACAUCCACUUUGAUAAUUAGCACAACCGGCAUCACUCCCACACCCACUCUCACAACAUCAAGUACCCUCACAAGUACGGCUCCACCUACAUCUACACUUACAACAACAUUUCCCACUUCACUAUCAGCCAGCACCACAAGCACAGCUACCCAAGAGAUCACCUCCACACCCACCACCACCACCACCACGACCACCACCACAAUUCACAACAUCACAAACUACGUCAUCACCAAGCUCCACUUUAGCUACCACAGAAGCCAGCACCACGAAUGUGGUGACAUCUACUGCAACAUUCAGACCCACUUUGACAAUCACUCCGAACCCUACCGGCUCCACACAGCCUGCCAGUACACCUCAGACAUCCACAACCCCAGCGAUUUCAACACCCACUCCUACAAGUUCCGUUCCUUCCUCCACGACAACCACAACCACUGCUACGACCACCCGAACCUCAAGAGCGUCCAC